CCUUUAUUCUCUAUUAUCUGACUUGCAAGAUUCAUUCACAAUGACAAACUACAAAACAGAUGCGUUACAGGCCUUCCAAAUCCUCUCAUCUGGAGGCAUCGCCAUCCUCCCCUUCAGCGUCGGAUACGGCGUGGUGGCCACAGAUCCAACUGCUCUGCACCGCAUCUUCACCACCAAACAGCGGGGAUCGCAUAAACGCCACGCAAUGCUCGGCUCGUACGCUCUCCAUCGCGAGAUCCACCUCCUCCCUGAUCUCCAGCUUGAUAUGGUUCGCACCUUGACGGUGGAUCUCGAUCUACCCCUCGGUGUUGUUGCGCCGUUUCGAGUUGAUCAUCCGUUGAUUCGGAAGUUGGAGGAGUAUACCGUGGAGGUUCGGGAUACUUCUUCCUCUACUGGAGAUAUAAAGACUACCCCUCUACUCUCCCUCAGUUCAAUGAACGAUACUCUUUCCAUGCUGGUCAAUGCAGGCCCCCUUCCAGACGAACUCGUCCGACUCACCUCCCAAGCAGGUCUGCCUUUAAUGGGCUCCUCUGCCAAUCUAUCCGGUCAAGGCACAAAAGUGCGUGUCAGCGAUAUCGAGCCUGAGAUUCUUGCCGCCGCAGAUAUAGUACUUGAUUACGGGCUAUGUCCGUUGCAUUGGCCGCGAGCGUCGUCCACCAUGUUUGACUUUAAAACCAUGCGUGUCAUCCGGUUCGGGGCUUGUUAUGAUGUCGUGCAGGAUGCUUUGCGACGCUUCUAUGGGCUCGACCUUCCUGAUGAUCCGGGAAAGCAGGUGUUGUUCUCUGGAAGGACGAACAGUAUGUGAUAUAGUGAAGCAAGUAUAAGCAGGUACACGUCCAAGUAGAUAUUCGCGUCUUCCUCGUGCUGUCUUGUAUCCGCAUUCAACGAGGCCGGCGCUAUCCGGUCGGAUUCAUCUGUCAGGCCUGUGCCUAUCUCUUCCGUUAGUUUCAUGAAUCAAUUGAUGUUGAUGAGAUGUGGAACAGGAGAAUGACUUGCAGAGUCAAUGCAUUGCAAUACGAACGACCCCCAACAUGCACAGCCUCAGGUCGGGCUUAGACCUUCAGAGGACAUGUACAAUGAACAUUUGUGACUUGU